AAGCAGAAUUGUAUCUACAUUCGGUCCAUUCGCAAAAAAUCAGUUUUUUUAUCAAACAAUUUAAUUAUAUUUUGGAAAAAUUCACACUAAUAAUCUUUGUGGUCAAAUCUUUGGUGGGAGCUCACAGAUGUCAUAGAAACAUAGAACAUAUUAAACAACUGAAAACAUCUUGGGUUGCUAGUCAGUUUCUUGAGGUUUUUAAAACCAGACCACACUGGCCAGCUAAGGAAAUUAUAGAAACUGUUAGGAGGGCUUACAAGGUUGUUAUUAAGAAGAACUAUGCUUACAAGGUCAAGUAUAUUGCUCACAGAAAAUCGCAUGGAAGCAUGAAGGAUCAUUAUAAUAAAUUGGGGAGGUAUCUACAGGCUCUGUCACUUGCAAGUCCUAACAGUACAUUCAAACAUGAAGUGGUUCCAGAAGCUAGGGUAUUUCCACCUGUAUUUCAAAGGCUAUUUGUUUGCUUUGAUGGGGUCAAACAAGGAUGGCUUGAAGGCUGUAGAAAAGUACUAUGUGUGGAUGGGUGUUUUUUAAAGACAUUUCUGGGUGGUAUGUUGCUUUCUGCUAUUGGAAGAGAUGCUAAUGAGUAGAUGUAUCCCCUAGCAUGGGCUGUGGUGGAGGGGAAAAACAAUGAAAGCUGGGAAUGGUUUUUCAUCCAGUUGCAUAUGGCUUUAGGUCAAAUUAAUGAUGAUGAACUGACUAUCAUUUCAGAUGAACAUCGGGCAAUUCUUAGUGCAGUACAGAAAGUAUUACCUCGUGCAGAACAUCGUCAUUGUGCAAGGCAUAUCUAUGCUAAUUGGCACAAGAACCACAAAGGAGAUGAGUUAAAAAUGGCUUUCUGGAAAGUGGUGAGGGCAUAUAAUCAGGCUGACUAUGAAGAUGCAGUUCAAGAGAUGGAGAAAAUUAGCCCAACUGCCACUGCAGCUUUAAAAAUGUAUGACAAAUCCAAGUUUUGUAGAGCUUUUAUUCAAACAAAGACAAAAUGCGAGGUAAUUGUAAACAACAUGGAUGAGACCUUCAAUGGAUACAUAAUAAAUGCUAGAACCAAGCAUUUAAUUUUCAUGAUGGAGGAUAUUAGGAGUGCCCUCAUGCAAAGGAUUGUGUCUAAAAGACAACAAAUGGAACUGAGCCAUCAAAUGAUCUGUCCUAGGAUCCAAGCAAAGUUAGAAAAAGAAAAGGAGGAAGCAGCUAAUUGUGCAGCUAUGCCAUCCAGUAUGAUGGUUUUUCAGGUCAACCAUAGGAUGGACAGUGUCAUGGUUGAUCUUACCUCACACACAUGCACUUAUAGGAAGUGGGAGUUGACUGGUGUGCCCUGCUGCCAUGUUGUGGCUUGUAUUUUCUUUCUCCAUCAAGCACCAGAAGAUUAUGUGCAUGAUUAUUACAAGAAGGACACUUACAUGAAAAUCUAUAAUGGUUCUAUCCCUCCAGUUGCUCGUGAAAGGCAUUGGCCCAGAAUAGAGGCUCCUCUAGACCCUCCUAUUAGAAAUUGAGUCCCAUAUAAGAAUCUAAUCUCACAAACAUGAUAAAAUUCAUAGAAUCAAACAAUAAGAACACUAACCGGUUGAGGAGAAACCGAAUGUUGAUGGUGUUGUAGAAGACGAUGAAGCCAUUGAUGUGUAGAUUCUCUAAGGAUACAAACCCCUACUGUGAUGGAUUGAUCGGUUCUCAUAUGAGUCUCUUUUAUAAUGGUGUUCGAGACCCUUGGUAAGAAGCGUGUCUUUUCCUUUUAUCGUAAGAGUGAGAACCGAACGAGUACUUAUGUUUGUAUCAAAGAGAAAACUCAUUUGAUCCCUUCUGUAUUAUUUAAUGUUAAAA